CGAUCACACAUUUACACCUUUAACUUGUACCUUUCACACACACACACACACGCACACACACACACACACUCUGACAGACACCAACACACACACACACACACACCCAGAUGACUUAAGACUUGUUAUUUUUGUCACACGCUUGUGAGCAGCUCUCAGUUAAGUUAGGAUGAUUGAGUCCAGUCAUUCCAUCUAUUCCAUCUUCUGCUGCUGUUGUUCUGUAGAGUCCCGCACCAGCACACGUGUGGAUCUGAACUCCAGAGACGAACACAAAUCUUCAUCCUACGCAUGCAGACCGGAGCGCUCGAUGAAGAAGCUCCCUCCACCCCCUCCGGCGGAAGACGCUGAGGAGCAGGUGACGGUCAUAGCUCUGUACGAUUUCACAGCGUGUGAGAGUUCAGACCUGAGCCUGAGGAGAGGAGACGAGUACAAGAUCCUCCACAAACAGGACCAGCUGUGGUGGAGAGCAGAGGACCAACAGGGGAAUAAAGGCUUCAUCCCGAGUAACUACGUCACAGAGAAACACAACAUAGAGGCUAAUGAGUGGUACUGCAAGAACAUUAACAGGUCUGAAGCUGAAAAUAUGCUGAGACAGGAGGAUAAAAAUGGUGGUUUCAUUGUCAGAGAGUCCAGCCAGCCAAAUCGCUACACAGUGUCCGUCUACACCAAGGCCAAAAGGGAAGGCCUGGGCGAUGUGAAACAUUAUCAGAUAAAGCAGACGGAAGCAGGAAAGUUCUUUCUGGCUGAGAAUUACACCUUCAGCUCCAUUCCUGAGAUGAUUAAUUACCACAAACACAACGCCGCAGGACUUGUAUCAAGAUUGCGUUAUCCUGUUGGUCCAAUGGAACAGUGUAUCCCUGCUACUGCGGGAUUUAGCUCAGAUAAGUGGGAGAUUGACCCGAGUGAGCUGACCUUCAUGAAGGAGCUCGGCAGCGGAGAAUUCGGAGUGGUGCGACUGGGAAAAUGGAGAGCGCAGCACAAAGUGGCCAUUAAAGCCAUCAGAGAGGGAGCCAUGAGUGAAGAGGACUUUAUAGAGGAGGCCAAAGUGAUGAUGAGGCUGUGUCACCCGAAGCUGGUACAGAUCUACGGUGUGUGUACGACGCAGCACCCGAUCUGCAUCGUGCUCGAGUUCAUGGAGAACGGCAGUCUGCUGCAGGUACUGCGUCACCAUGGCAACAGUUUGGAGUGUGUGCGGCUGUUGGCCAUGUGCCAGGACGUGUGUGAGGGCAUGCAGUACCUCGAGCACAACAACUUCAUACACAGAGACCUGGCUGCGAGGAACUGUAUGGUGAACGAGAAGAAUGUGGUGAAAGUGUGUGAUUUUGGCAUGGCAAGGUACGUGUUGGAUGAUCAGUACACGAGCUCGAUGGGCUCCAGGUUCCCGGUGAAAUGGUCUCCACCUGAAGUUCUGCACUACAACAAGUUCAGCAGCAAAUCUGACGUCUGGUCCUUCGGUGUGUUAAUGUGGGAGGUGUUCUCUGAAGGACGCACUCCGUUUGGGAACCGGCCGAACGCUGACGUUGUGGAUGAAGUGACGCAGGGAGUGCGACUGUACAAACCGCACAAAGCACCAACAAACAUCUACAACAUCAUGUACGAGUGCUGGCAUGAGAGGCCUCAGGGUCGGCCCUCGUUCUCCAGCCUGCUGCAGAACAUUAAAGACAUCAUUGAGGAGUUCACGCUCUAGAUGAGACACAAACAACAACAACAACAACAACGCAAACUGUACAAUAACACACCACACAACACACCAAUGACUGUUUACACGAUCAGCCAUAACAUUAAACCACUGACAGGUGAAGGGAAUAACUGAUUAUGUCGUUACAGUGGCACCUGUAAAGGGGAGGGAUUUAUUAGGCAGCAAGUGAACAGUCAGUUCUCGAAGUUGAUGUGUUGGAAGCAGGAAAAAUGGGCAAGCGUAAGGAUCUGAGUGACUUUCACAAGCGCCAAGUUGUGAUGUUUAGAUGACUGGGUCAGAGCUUCUCCAAAGCAGCAGGUCUUGUGGGGUGUUCCCGGUGUGUGGGGGUUAGUACCUACCAAAAGUGGUCCAAGGAAGAACAACCGGUGAACCAGCGACAGGGUCAUGAGCUCCCAAGACUCACUGAUGUGCGUGAGGAGUGAAGGCUCGUCUGCUCCGAUCCCACAGAAGAGCUUCUGUAGCACAAACUGCUGAAAAAGUUAAAGCUGCUCUGAUAGAAAGGAGUCAGAACACACAGUGCAGUGCAGCUUGCUGCGUAUGGAGCUGCGUAGCUGCAGAGCGGUCAGAGAGCCCAUGCUGACCCUGUCCACCACCCAAAGCUCCUACAAUGGACACGUGAGCAUCAGAACUGGACCAUGGAGCAAUGGAAGAAGGUGGCCUGGUCUGAUGAAUCAUGUUUUCUUUUACAUCAUGUGGAAGGCCGGGUGUGUGUGCGUCACUUACCUGGGGAAGAGAUGGCCCCAGGAUGCACUAUGGGAAGAAGGCGAGCUGGUGGAGGCAGUGUGAUGGUCUGGACAAUGUUCUGCUGGGAAACCUCGGGCCCUGGCCUUCAUGUGGAUGUUACUGUGACACGUACCACCUACAUAAACAUUCCUGCAGACCGAGUUACACCCCUUCAUGGCAAAUUCCCCAGAUCUCAAUCUGAUCGAGCAUCACACACACACACACACACACACACACACACACACACACACACUGCGCUGAAAUGUCCAGUAAUAACGACAGCAUUGUAUUUGUAUAAAUGUCAAAAUGUUAGAAGAUUUAUCUGUAUAAAAAUAUUUUUAUAAUAAACAGAAUUAAAAACA